UGCCAAAAGGCUGUACAGUUUACUGGGGGGGAAUCUGCCCAAUCGACGCGAUCGCAACGGAAGAGCUCGACGUGGGCAACCAGUAUCGCGCUGACAAUCGCUGAAACGAGUCUUCCUCCACGAUCCGACGACCCGAGGUACGAGUCUGCCAGAGGGGAGACACGUUGCGUAAUCCCCGGUUGGGAGGCGCGAUCAGCGCACAUCUCACACCGAACAGCAUGUCAUGCACGUCUGUUUAUUUGUUCAACACCCCAAUUGUCGGUCCAUCUCGUAACUCGACUAAAUGUCAGUCUCUCUUGCCUCGACCACUCGGCCAGCGUCACCCCCGCUUCAGCCGUUUGUCGUAGAGACUACUCUCCACACAGACCAACACACACAUGCAGGCACCUCCUCUGA